AAUAAGUCCAGCACCCGAACUCUUCAAAUUCAUCUCUUCAACCUUUUCUUCCGUCAUUAUACUUGACUAUGUUCUUACCGACCCUCGUCUCUCUUUUUUUCAUAUCUUCGGCAACAGUCCAAGCUUCUCCAUGCGUCGCUUUUGAUGCCAAUUGGAACCUCCUUGCUUUCAACCUCAACGGCAAAGACUGGAACGCGGGCACCCAAGACACCUGGUCCAGCAGCACUGCAGCCACAGACAUCACAGCAUCCAACCGACCGCCGUUUGAUGCAGCUAACACUACAUGCUACCUCUCGCAGUAUGCCAACGCGAUCUAUGCCAUUAAUGCCGAUUCCAAGAAUCCUUCCUCUCUUUACAUCUACGAUGCGGCUGCAAAAUCAUGGUCCAUGCAAGCGGUCAAUGCUGGUUCUUUCGACUACACGUCUUUCGGCGCUAUUCUGGACCACGACACGAACGUCUUCUAUGCGUUGUCACAGGGAAACCUCUUCUCCCUAGACAUGGGUUUACUUAAUGCGGCCAAUAGUACACCAUUAAGCUGGACUAACGAUGAACAAGUGCCGUACCCCUCGAAUUACGUUCCAGUCAUGGCUCUUGCGCAAAAUCACAUUCACUUCCUAGACGUGCCCAACGUCCCUGCUGGGAGCGCAGACAUUUUCGUCAUUCAUUACUCCUACUUCCAACCGCAGUCUCAAGCCUACCCGCUCCCAGAUGGGAGCGCAUUCCCUACCACUUACGGCCAUGUUGCCUCAUUCUUCCAGGCGGACAACACAGUCCAGCAAGAGUUCGCAUUCAUUCCCGCAGAUUCCUCUGCGACGUACGUUGUCAAUGUUGAGACAAACACCACUCAGGCCCUAGCGGCGCCCACCACUAAGGACUCCAAAGCGACAUACUUUGCCGGUGUCACAGCUCUCGUGCAGCUCACAAGCAAUGGCACCGUGUCUUACCUCCCUUACCUUGAGGGUAACACGAGUACGAACAUCGCUGCAACAUGGGCUACUGUGAGCAACCUCGCGGCAGCUGCUCCACCGUCGUCAUCAUCCUCUUCGAGCUCCAGCGGGUCGAGUAGCAAUACUUCCAGCUCACACAGCACGACCAGUCCAAGCACCACUGCAUCUGGAGCCGCUUUGGGCGCAAGCGUGCAAUACAGCGUAUUCAUCACUUGUGUUCUGUGUUUCGCUGCGUUCGUAGUAUGAACACUACUAUCCUUUUUUUGAACAGUGAUGCUACAACUUCAUAUGGGACCUUUUACACACAUAGUUGGAGUACCCGCUGUGAUCCAGCAUAGGACUGAUUUUUUUUGGAAGUUAGACCAUUUUGUGACCUCGCAGUUCAGUGUUUAUUUCCCAGCAUAGUUUAAUUCAUUCCUUGUGUUGUCUGACAUGUUCUUCCUUAUUAUGGAGAAAUUGUGUUUAUUAGGUCUGGCGGAGAUUCCUUGUAAUUGUUUCUUAUAGUCUUAAGGUUUCUAAUGCUUCCAAGCGGUAAGAAACUUAAUGCGACUGGUGCAAACGUCUUCGCAGAAUACAAUCCUUGCACUUGCCUCAUGAAAUUAGCAAGAUUGCAUUACAAGGCG